GUUUCCCGACAGGCUGUGCGCUGUUUGAAUAAGUGCGCGAGGCCGCGGUGAGAGUGAGCAGUGGUACAGUGGGAGCGGAAGCUGAGAGUUGAAACCGGUCCCUGGUGUGUUCAUAUAAACACGAGUGGAGUUUAUUCUCGAAGAAGAAUGAAAUGUCUAAAAACAGAGGAGUAUGUGCAGCGGAUAUCAUGUGUACAGGACGCCGUUGUUCUUCACGACGAGCUGGAGAAACACUUAAAGCAGGGGCUCGGGGCGUUCGGCCGCACGGCGUGCGAUCGCAUUAUCCGGGCCUGUAACCAGCGUCUGGCCGGAGGAGCUCCAGACCCUGAGCUUCAGGAGCAUCUGGUGGAUCUAGUGGAACUCGCCGCACACGGAUACGGAGCCGUCCCUGAAUCCAGACCGCGGGGCCCCUCGCUCUAUCUGGAGAAGAUCAUCUUCCACAUCCUCCAGAAGCUGGUCGCGCAGCAGGCUCACGGUCCUGCAGGGCGUCUCGCAGAGUUCAUGUAUCUCAGACUGCAGGGCGUGUCUUCACAGGUGGAAGACUUCGGCGUUGUCGCGAGGAACUGUUUCGCCAGACAGGGAACGGGUCGAGCGGCGCUCAGGCCUCGCCUCUCACCCAGACAGCAACUAGCAGGUCAGCUGCAGGCUCUCCGUUUCCGUCUGCUGGAGACGACGUGCUCCGCCUCGUGUAAAGUCCCGGCGUUUGUGGAGGAGGCCGUGAGCGAGUUCGAGCGUGCACGUGGGAGCCUGUCUCAGGACGACGCUGGCUUUAUUCUCUCCGAGUUCCGGAAGCGUUUCUUCGGCGCAGAUGUGGAACGUGACUGCGCUCUGACUCCGCCCCCACUGGGGGUGAGGUGUGAGGCGGUGGUGAAGGUGUGUAAGCCUCUGUGUAAGAACCGACUGUGGGACGAAGCGGUGCAGCUGGUGGACGGAGCGACGGAGUGUGUGAGGGAGGGGGAGGGGCUGCGCUCGGCGCUGGAGCUAACCGCUCGGGCACCACGUCUGCAUCGAGACCUCGGCUCAGGAGUCGCAUGCAGUGAGACGUUCACGGACUGCGCUCGCAUCCUCAGAGCAUUGCCUCCUGUCCUCGGGGAUGCAGAGACGCACGCCCUGGUGGAAGCGUGUCAGCUGGUUGUCUGGGCAACAGAGGCGGGGCAGACUAAAGGGAUGGGUGGAGCUACGCUGCUGGCCAGUUUUUCCUUCUGGGAGGAAUAUCAGGAGUUUCUGAUCAAACUACAGACAGGCUCAUUCUCACAGCAGCUGCAGUAUUCUUUGUGCUUCAGUCUCUACCAGGGUUUCAUCAGCACCUACGACAGUUUACACACCUCACAGGACUCUGUUGUUGAUUUUCUGGACAGAAUCCUGUUAUACUGCCAGGCUACAGCAGGACGCUUGAUGACUGAACUUCGUAAACUUUCCAACGAAGGCUUUUUCCUGAAAGCAGUGUGUGUGGUAAACAAUGUGGUGUAUGAGUUAUUUAACAGGAAGUUGUAUGAGGAGGCGUAUGGAUUGGUGGAGAUUAUUUGUCAGGAGCUGAGUAAAGACUGUCCUUCUUCUUUCCCUGUAGACAGAGUGAACCGCUGCUUCAUGCUGGCAGUGCAGUGCAGUCGGAGAGCGUCUCAGUUGGACAGAGCUCUGGACUGGGUAGUGCGCUGGAUUCAGGUUUUAGGUUCUCGUGUUCUGGAUCAUCUCACAGAACCGGUGUCUCUGUGGGUUAAAAGCAAGUGUGACGCGGCCCGGGCCGGGGAGGACGACACGCGCCUCAGGACCCUGAGGGAUGGUCUGGGAGCAGCGACGGUGGAUGAGGAGGUGUGUCUGCGUCUCCUGGAGGAGGAGCUGAGGAUGUACAAGGAGCAGAGCGGAGACACGGCGCAGGAGCGCUAUAAUACACUCUGUGACCUCCUCGAUAUCUGCCACGAGGAAACCACACACACUCUACGCCGUGCCUCUUACCUGUGUGAGAUGGCUCAGGUGGUGUGUUACCAUGACUUCAGUAAACAGACCGACUGUUCUGCAGUGGACUUUGCCCACGAAGCUCUGCGCUUGUUGGAGGAGGAGCCUGAGACAGCGGAGAACUCUGAUAGGCUGAAGGAUGAGAAGGCCCAUGCCUAUCUCUGGCUGUACAUCUGCACCCUCGAGACCAAUCUACAGGAGGCGGUGGACAUGGAGAAGCGUCUGCGUGCGGUGCGUGAAGGCAGCAGGACCGCCGCUGAUCUUGACUCAGUUCCCACUAACGAUCUGGAGUAUGAAGACAAACAGAAGUUCCAGGAGAGCCAGCUGGUGUACGAUGGACUGAGCUUCAAUCUGUCUGAACACAGCAAGCAUCUUGAGCCUUUAGAGAAGUGUUUAUCACUCUGGGCGACUCUGCUGAAGGACGGCUCUGUACCUACAGUGAGGGACCACAAACAAACUGCCUCCUCCAUCCUGCUAAUGGCUGCUCUUUAUACACUCAUGGGCAAGGCUCUGCAGGCUCUGGAGUCGUAUCAGCUGGCUGCGUCUCUCUUCCGGCUACUCGGUGACGUCCAGAACAGCGCCGGAGCUUCACUUCAUGCUGCGACGCUCCUACUAGAUCUGGGAGCUCCGCAACUUGCCCAGGUGCAGUUAGAUGAGGCACAACAGUGUUUAAACACAGAUACAAGCACGGAGGGAGCAACCAUCCUGUCUGUCACUAACACACUGCUCAGAGCACAAGUCUGUUAUGCAUCAGGACAGGUGGAAACAGGUGUACAGGUUCUGUGUGAGGUCUUAAAGGAGACUGCACUGCGUCACUCUAAAAGCUGGUAUAUGCUGAAAGCUCGAGCUCUGCAGACUGCCAGCGCUUACCUCAGUCUGGACACGGGGACACUGCACACGCACCUGCGUCACACCAUCAUCCAGCACGGAUUAAAGACUCCAGACACUACUCAGUAUGAAGCACUGAAGCUGUUGUGCAGUCUGGUGAUGAUGCUGCUGGGGAAUGGAUUUUAUGGAGCACCUGGUCUCAAUACAGACACUCGCUUUGUGGACCAGGGAGACAGCGUGGUGUUUAAAUGGCUCUUGCUCAGUGAGGUAUUGCUCUGCUCAGAGAGGAUGGUGCGCCUGAGGAGCAGCGGAGGAACAGCUCAUGAAGCCAAAGCUCAGUGCCUUGAGGCCCUCAAACUUGCCACCAAACUGCACACACUCAGCCACUGUGCUGAGCUGUUGGUGUUGAAGGCUGAGCUGGAGUUGAUGAAAGGUGCAGGUGAAGCAGGUGGUUUAGACCUGGAGCAGGUCAGACACUUGCUGGACCUUUGCACAGAUUUUGGUCGUCAGCAGCAGCAGAAGUGUGAGGUGAAGAUUAAACCCCGUAAGGGUCGCCCAGCGGUGAAAAUCUCUGCCCCUGAGGUCCCGGAGAAGGACGAAGAGGAGAUGAGUGGGCUCCUGAGCUCUCGUGCGUUGGGCCGGGAAGCUCUGGAGGAGCUGUCUGAGUUGGGGCAGGACUCCUCACCUCCUCUGAAGCCCAAACGUCAGCGGAUGCUGUCGUGCCUGAGCCACGCCGAGGGUUGCUCCUGUCCCUGCUGCACCGACCCCGGCCUGGCAAGGGUCAGCGUACUCUGGGCCCUGGCGCAGGCAGACGCCCAGAGCGAGGCACAGAAUUCACUCCGCCUACGCCACGUCGCCAGACUCCGCUGUCAGAACAUCCAUGCUAAAGUCCACGCUCGCUUAGCAGAACUGAUGCCCGUUAAACAGUCAGAGAGGCCGUGCAUGCUGCAGACGGAGAUGGUGAGGGCGCAGCUGAACACAGUGCUGAGUCAGCUGUGCUGCAGUGGGGCAGAGGCGGGGAAAGUCUCUGCUUUGUGGGAGGAGUUAGAGGCAGGACUGGAAGCAGUGAAACCCAAGGGGGCACUGUUACCCGAUCUGGGGCAUCUGAAAGCCGCUCUGCUUGGGGCAAAAGCUGUAGUCUGCUGCCUGGCUCUAGCCGGGAAAAAGCAGUGCAGCCCUGAUGAGCUUUUCUCCUCUGUGUGGGGCUGGACUUCUCCUAAAACCAAAGCGCAGGUCAAAUCUCGAGGAAAGAGCUCCAGCAGUGACGGACUUCUUCCAGCUACAGCUCCAUCAGGGAAGAACCUCACAGAGAACAAACGAGAGGCUUACAUGGAGAUAGGGGGGAAAAAAAACAAAGAGGUCCUGAUUGCUUCCUCAAAGAAAACAAAGAGCUCACUGCCAAAAAUCAGCACCACGAACUCUGCCGUGGCCUUCAAAACCCCCCGAGCGAGCAGGACCCCCAGGCCCAGGUGUGUUUCCGCCGUGACUCCGGCUGGCAUGGGUGCUGACCUGAGCGCUUUCGACUUCACCAAUGAGGUGCCUGAUAUUACAGUAAGCUCCACCCCUCUUCCUUCAACCAAAGCUACAACCAGUAGCCGGUGCGGGGUCACGAGGGCAAAGGAUGCGCCCAAGGGUUCCUUCCAAGUUUUUGAAGAUUCUUCACGCCUGCAGGAGAAACCUGUGCCUGUUCCAGCUGCUCCGAGACGGACAAAACGUUCACGUUUUAAGGUGGAGUUCAGUGACGAGAGCGAUGCUGAGACGCUCGAGACAAGAUCAGAAAACAAGAUCUCUGUCCCUUCUGCACCUAAACCUUCGUCUAAAUCCUCCGUGAGCAGAGUUUCAGCACAGGACCGGCCCAGACGCACAAGAACCGUUAAGAAGAGCACUGCCCCGUGCACCAGUGGCGCCUCCUCCGAGGAAGAACCACAGCCACGGCGAGGACGCUCCAGGAAAACUCCCAGCUCUGAUGACGUCGAAAUACCGGAGAGGAUGAGGAUGGACCAUGAGGACCAAGAUGGAGACAGUUUGGAUAUCAGCCUGGAGAAACUUCAGGAGUCUGUCUCUGAGAUGGUGAACACAGGAAGUGCAGCUGACGGAGACUGUGAGGUGUUAAGACGAGACUUAGGAGCAGAUUCCACCAGAGACUGUGUGAAGGAGCUCAAGAGCUCUGGACAGACCGGAAUAGAGAUUCCACUGGCACACGUCGCACCAGGUGAUCUUUCUGUAAAUGGGAUCCGAUCACUUCUGACCUCGUCUUGGCUCCUCCUCCACCACUUCCCACACCCUUCCCUCUACUCACACCUGUGUUCACUGCUCGCCCAAUCGCUCGGCCAGUCCGAUCCCAUCACCACGGCGAUGCUGCACUCUCAGGCACUGGGCGUGUCCUCUCGUCACCACAUGACCCGCCACCUGGCCAAUCGCCUCAGGAAGCUGAAGAAGUCUGGCGACGACGUAGCGGAGACUCUGAGUGGCCUGAGUCUGGACGAAUCCCCGAGCCAGACGCAAGUGAAAACUCUGUCUGUGCUCGAGAGCAUUUACUCGUUUACCUGCACGCAGCCGGCACAGUUCCCACACACACACUGCACAGAGUUUACACAGCAGCUGGAACACCUGCCCGCAGGUGUAACCGUUUGUUUGAUCUCACUCGUGGGGGCAUGUCCUGGGGAGAUUGGCAGCACCAUUCUGAUCACUCGACUGGAGCGUGACUCGGCCCCCAUCACCAUGAGGAUCUUGACCGCACACAGCCACCCUAUGACCAUGCUGUUGGAGGAGAUGGAGGCGGUCCUGCAGGGACAGAAGAAAGUGAGCACAGUAGCAGAUAAGGUGCAGUGGUGGGAAGGCAGGAAGUCUCUGGACGCUCGUGUGCAGAAACUUCUUGAGGACAUGGAGGAGGCUUUGGGCGUAUGGCGAGUGUUGCUCCUCCCCUUGACCUCUGACCCCGAGCUCCCAGCUCAGAUGAAACGCCUCAAGUCAUCAGUAAAAGAAACGAAAAUCACGGCGGACAUGCUAAAGGUCGUUCUUUCCGCAGCUCCUCUGCUAUCCCUCGCUGACCUGCAGUCUCUCUCUGAGGGGGCGUGUCUGCACCAUGGAGAUUUCCUGAAGCUCCUCCAGAAGAGCGUCUGUGAGCUGAGAGAGAGACAGGAACCUCACGGGCACACAGUCCUCGUCCUGGACAAGUACCUUCAGAAGCUGCCGUGGGAGAACAUCUCGUGUUUAAAGCCUCGUUCUGUCACUCGUAUGCCUUCACUGCAGGCUGUACUGGGCCACAGUCAUCUCAGACAGGUGGAUCCAGACUGCGUCCUGUCUCGUGGUAUUGAUCCCCAACGGGUUUAUUUUGUUCUAAACCCUGACGGAAACCUGCCCGAGACCGAGAAACGCUUCAGAGACUGGUUUACUGGGGAGCGGGCGUGGCAGGGUGUGUGUGGAGCGCCUCCUGAUCCUGAUCAGCUCCAGGAAGCUGUAACCACUAAAGACCUGUACAUUUAUGUAGGACACGGAGCCGGAGCGCGCUUCCUGGACACUCAGCGUCUGCUCCGAGGGAACGUCCACGCUGCGGCCCUGCUGUUCGGAUGCAGUAGUGCUGCGCUCAGUGUUCAGGGAAACCUCGAGGGAACUGGCAUCACCCUUAGCUACCUCACCGCUGGGUGUCCGUUAGUGUUGGGGAACCUGUGGGAUGUGACGGAUCGUGAUAUCGACCGCUUCACCUCCGCCCUCCUACAGUCCUGGCUCUCCGGGGGUUCAGGCUCCUCCCUUCUCCAGCACCUGGUCCAAUCACGUGACUCCACACACCUCAAGCACAUGAUCGGCGCCGCUCCAGUGGCGUACGGUCUCCCUGUCCACCUGCGUUGACUCGGCACGAGUCCUGUUUCUGUACAUGUCGACGUGACUCACGAGCAGCCUGGUUUAAUCGUGACGUAGCGUCUUUUACACCACACCUCCUCACACUUUUAGAGAAGAUUUUAAUUUGUGUACAUUGUUUUAUUAUUAAAUCUUCUGUUUGCUGUUUUAAAUUGCUGUACCACAUUAACUUAUUAAAUUUGAGUUUUUUUCUCGUCA